AUGAGCUCGCGGAUCGAAGAUGUUCGGCGAUUGGCGUCUUGUAGUCAAUGGGACUCGGCGAUCGUUCUGUUAACAUUGGUUUCUUCAGCCGCUCCGCUCCAAUUAACCACCGUCAAACCUGCCUUUCCGUACUCAGAAAUGCUGUCUGAUCUUAUUAACCACAAAUCUGUCAUACAUCGAGCAAGCUACAAAGCACUGGUGCGGAGUUCAGCAUCGACUGGCAACUGCGAACCACCGGAACGGCUGCUGAUCUCAAACUUGCUGGAAGUUCCGAUAUCGGCGGGGAGCCACACCCCAAGCGUGAUGAGUCUGCAAAGCGAGGCGGACUCGUGCCUCGAUCCGCGCUUCUACGAUGCCAUGUUCUCGCGAAAUGACUUGGAGUACGUCGGGCGGUCGGUCAGUCAGCGGUUCGUCUGGUCGCUGUCAUCUGAGGCAGGACAAGGCCGAUCGCUCGAGACGGAAACGAUUGUUCUUGCAGAGCCGUUUUACCUCGUGUUAAGUCGUCUGAGAGAACGUGCAAGUCUGGCGAACAUGCCGAACGACCCGGCGACCAAGGUCGCUGCCGUGCAACUGUUUGAGUCCAGUCCUUCGGCGUCGACCGUUGUCCUAAAUACGUCCUACCUCCGAGGCCGGCCCCGUUUCAAUGACCUGAUCGACAACGAUUCGAGCCCGGCCACGACCAUCGUCCAUGGAGAUUCUGGUCAACGUGUGGGUUUGCUGACGUCAUCGGUCAGUCAGUCCUCGGAUUUAUUGGACGAAGACAGCAUCAACGAAUUCGAAGAUUCAGUCGGAGACACUAACUAUUUAGACGCUGUUCUCGUCGACGGUCGGCGAGGAGUGGGAAAGGGACGUUGGGCGUUAAUGGCGAGGGGCAACAGCAUCGUCGUCGGCAGAUGGAGAAUGCGGAAAAGCGAUUUCCAAAAAGAAUCGCUCGCUCGCUCGCUAUUUGCGACUUAA